CCGUGGAAGAGCGGCUAGUAGUGAACUGGUAUCCAAACGCGACGCGAUCGAGAGCAUCCCCCGAAAAAAAAAAAACAAAAACGGAAUUACGACCGGGCAAGAUAUACAUAUAAGAUAUAAGCCGAAACUACCGAAAAACAAAGAGUCCUCAGUGUUGGUUGCUGUUUUGUUGUUGUGCACGGUAUGCAAAAGCUGACGAAAGACAUUGGAGUGGUUGAGUAGUGGUAGUCAAAGUUGAAAUUGUGCAAAACAAAAAAAAAGUAACAAAAAUCAAAAGUAAAAUAGACGACGAACCCUUAAAUGUGAGCAUCAAUAGGCUGGGGUAGUGUGCUGGUACGGUGUUCAGGAUCUGCGUGAGAGCAGUAAUUACAAGCAAACUUCCUGGAGCACCUCAGGACUCCAUCGCCAAGCGAAAGCUCAUGCAUCGGCGAACUCGCGCUUGAGGCAUCAUUCAACCAGGGUAACCAGUGCGAGCGAGUGGCUCACGGGGCUUGUGCGGGGGCUCUUUCCCGGCAGCAGGAGGCAAGUGGUACAAAGGGGAGGUAGUAAAAUUUCGCCCAUAUCAGAGAAGCUGUCGGCAGCGCAGUACCCACACCCGACAUUUGGUGACUAUGAAAGAUCUGGUCGAUCUGCCAGCGACGCUUCACCAACUCAACAACCAGCGCCCGAUCAAGAGCAAGCGCAACCGAUGGAACGUGGCAAUAUCGGAGUUCGCCCGGCUGACGCAUAACCCGAUCCGUGCCAUCGUCGAGGGGCUGAACAUCCAGCCGAAUCCGAGCAAGCCGCUGAUAGCGCUCUCGAUAGGUGAUCCGACCACGUUCGGCAACCUCAAACCGUCGCAGGAAACGGUCGACGCGGUCCGGCAAGCGCUCGAGGACGGCAGCGGCAAUGGGUACGCGCCGGCGAACGGCCACCUGGAGGCGCGGGAAGCGGUCGCCCGGUACGUGCAGCACCAGGGGCCAGUGACGGCGGCGGACGUGAUCCUGUGCAGCGGGUGCAGCAGCGCGCUCGACCUCUGCAUCUCGGUGCUGGGCGGGCCGGGCCGGAACAUUCUCGUGCCGAAGCCGGGCUUCUCGAUCUACCGGACGCUGGCGGAGGGGUUCGGCAUCGAGUGCCGGACGUACGAUCUGCUGCCGGAGCGCAACUGGGAGGCCGACCUGGUCCAGCUCGAGCAGCUGAUCGAUGAGCAGACGUGCGCGCUGGUCGUGACGAAUCCGGGCAACCCGUGCGGCAGCGUGUUUCCGCGGGCCCACCUGGAGGCGAUCGUGGACAUUGCCGAGCGGCACUUUGUGCCGAUCAUUGCGGACGAGAUCUACGAGCAUUUCGUGUUCCCCGGGCAGGAGUUCCACGCGGUCAGCACGCUGUCGCAGCGCGUCCCGGUGCUGUCGUGCGGCGGGCUGACCAAGCGCUUCCUGGUGCCGGGCUGGCGCAUGGGCUGGAUCAUCGUGCACGACCGGGACGGGGUGUUCGGGGAGGUGCGGCGCGGGCUGGCCAACCUGUCCGUGCGCAUCCUCGGCAGCAACACGCUGGUGCAGCGCGCCCUGCCCGCCAUCCUGGACAACACGCCGAACGACUUCUUCGACGAUCUGGUCGCGACGCUGCAUCGCCACGCCGAGCUGGCGUACAAGGGCAUCAAGCAGAUCCGGGGCCUCAACCCGAUCAUGCCCGGCGGCGCGAUGUACAUGAUGGUCGGCAUCGACGUGGAGCACUUUCCCGAGUUCGAGACGGAUCUACGCUUUGUCGAGGCGCUGGUCGCCGAGCAGAGCGUCUUCUGUCUGCCCGGCCAGUGCUUCGAGUACCCGAACUACUUCCGCCUGGUGCUGACCGUGCCGGAGGAGAUGAUCGUCGAGGCUGUGAAGCGGCUGGAGGAGUUCUGCGAGCAGCACUACAAGCUGGACAACGAUCUGCUGCUGCAGCAGCAGAACGGCCUGCUCAACCAGAUGACGCAGCUGUGAGCGGGAAAUCGAGCGGGAACGGAAAUGGGGAGGGGUUGGGUGAGUGAGGGGCGGCAGUUUGAUACCGGGCCCGCUCGGUGUAAUGCGAUCUAACUGUAAGGUAUAUAUCUUUUUUCUAUCUUGGGAAAUAAAGGUGGAUAUUUUGUCUCUUUUGUUUUUGUA